AUGGACCAGUACUCUGAUCCUCCCCCUUCUUCUCUCCCCUACAGAAACUUCCCCUCCGCCGCCAGAAUGAUCCCAAUUGGCGGCGGAAGUAGCAGCAGCGACAACGAGGCGGGCGCCGCAAAGGUGUUGGUACAGCAGUCAGCCCCCGUCAACAUCCCUGACUGGUCCAAGAUUAGCGGCCAAAAGCAGUGGCCCAGGAAAAGCUCCAAGAAGCCCACCAAUGCGUGGAUGGGCUCCGAUGAUGAUGAUGACGACGACGAUGAGGAUGAAGAAUGUGGUGACGAUGGUGAUGACGUGGAGGAGUACGGUAGCAACCAUAUGGAGCCGCCGCACGAGAUGAUUUCCAGGAGGAUGGCGAUGACCCAGAUUUCGUCCUUCUCUGUGUUGGAAGGUGUUGGGAGGAAGCUCAAAGGGAGGGACCUUAGCAAAGUCAGGAACGCCAUUUUGACCAGAACAGGGUUUCUUGAAUCCCCCUGA